AUGGCUAACAACGAAGGGCCCAUCCGGCUUACGCCGUCAAUGAUCCCUAACUCUCCCAAUUUUGACGUCAGAGACUCAUCAUUUUUUCGCAAAUGGGAUGAGCUACCUUCCCCAAAAGAUGUCCAAGCUCAAGCCGAAGCCCAACGUCUUGCGGGAUUCAACCCAAACCCUAGGAGAGACUACCAAAGCGCCGUGCCUUAUUUUAUAAAACCACAACCCGCGGUAUUUGAAGACUUGAAUCUCCUUGUUAAGUGGGGACGCACAGAGAAUAUUUCCGAGGCCCAGGCACUAUUUGCUCUCCGGCGACUUUUGAAUGGCCUUGUUCCUUACAUCCGAGGACAGACACUGGAGCAAGCAUGGGAUAAAUUAGAGCCCGAGGAUAAGGUUUCGAUCUUCCACGAGCUGCGCACUAUAUGUGACAAUCUGCGUCGUCUUGAGCAGGACCCUUCAGAUCCGUUCGUAGUAAAGGGCCCAUUCGCGACAGUGAAAGAGUUCCAUGAUUGGUUCACAUUUCUCUGCAGAAGACGGAUGCCAGAUCCUUAUUCAGUACUGAUCGAGCCAUAUCGCUAUGAGCUGCCGGACGACUGUGCCAUCAAGUUCACCCAUGGCGAUCUCCAUCGUAGUAACAUCGUUAUCAGUUCCUCUCGGCCGUAUCGUACUCUGGCUAUUGUCGACUGGGAGCAGUCGGGCUGGUUCCCUGCUUACUGGGAGGCCCGCAAGGCGCAAUAUACUGCAUGGAUGACAGAAGAAUGGACCACGACGUAUUUGCCAAUAAUUUUAGAUAUGUACGCUGAUACUUUGGAGUCCUGGGACUACUAUACCAUUUCCAUCGGCCCUUAG